UCUACCACCAAACUACAUCUAAAGAAAAAAAAUUUUUUUUCAAUUUUUGUGGUGGACACUGCUCUCUUAGAGCAAACAGAAGACAUUUGAGAAAAUUCAUUCAGCUGGAUGGCUGUCAGUCAACUUGUUAGCCAGCGUUAAUUAUGACCAGCCAACAAACGUCGCUGCAUUCGGGCCCGGCGGAUUUGGAAAUCGAUCUCUUGACGUCUGCGGGGCUCUGAUGCCGAGCGGCACUCCACGAGAACAGUUUCCAGCGGAGCAGCUGGAGAAUGACUGAUCCCCGGGAAAGCUCCGCCGGUGAGGGGACGCCCGCGUCGGCCCGCUCGACCCCUCCGCAGUGCGAGCGGGUCUCCCUGCAGAAGCGCGGCGUAUGCUCCCGCUACUACUUCAUGGUUGUGAUGGUGUUUUUCCACGUGUACAUAAUCAACGUUAUAGCGCUUCUGCUGUACGUGCAGUACAAAGACGGGCAGGGAGCCUCCAGCGAUGACGCUCCAGCUAGUAAUCAUCAUCACCACCAUCAUCAUCAUCAUCAUCACCAUCAGCCGUCUGAAGCGCGUCGACCGCCAUCAGAGCCGGAGUUUGUACGUGACGUGUCUCUUCCGCGGAUCGACGGGAUAAGGGUCGGACAUGUCCAAAAGGUGUCACUUGUAUCAGAUAAAGUACACGAGAUGCGGACGCUCAGCCUGAAACCUCUGCUGUUUGAGAUUCCUGACUUCCUGUCGGAGGAGGAGUGCCGUGUGGUGAUGCAGCUAGCGCAGCUUAAGGGCCUGAUGGAGAGCCAGCUAAUGGUGCAGGAGGGCCAAGAGGAGCUGGCGGAGGAGUUAAACCUCAGCCCGGAUGAGAUCUUCACCCUUCUUGAUAUCAACCAGGAUGGGCAGUUGCAGCUCCACGAGAUACUGACUCAUUCCCGGGUGAGAGAUGGCAUCUGGCUAACACCGGAGAAUCUGCUGGAAAUCUAUGCAGGACUCAAAGCCGACAAAGACGGUAACGGUCUGCUGAGUCUUGAAGAAUUCAGGCUGCUCAGCAAUGACGCAUUUCAGCGUUUCCUGGUGCAGCGCGGGGUGAAGAGGAGCCAGCUGGUGAGGAACAGCAGACACACCUGGCUAUACCAGGGUAAAGGAGCGCACCAGGUCCUCCAAGAUCUCAAGACUAGGGUGACUCGCCUUACCCGGCUACCGUCUGCAUUGGUGGACCUAAGUGAGCCGCUCCAGGUAGUUCGCUAUGAGCAGGGGGGACACUACCAUGCCCACCAUGACAGCGGCCCCGUCUAUCCUGAGACCGCCUGCACGCACACCCGACCCGCAGCCAACACCUCUACUCCUUUUGAGACGUCCUGCAGGUACAUCACAGUUCUCUUCUACCUGAACUCUGUUGAGGGGGGUGGGGAGACCGCAUUCCCUGUGGCAGACAACAGGACCUAUGAUGAAGUGUCUCUCAUACAGAACAAUGUCGAUCUGCUGGACACCAGGAAGAACUGUGACAAGAGUAACCUGAAGGUGAAGCCCACCAAAGGGACAGCCGUGUUCUGGUACAACUACCUUUCUGAUGGGAGAGGUUGGGUGGGCAAGCAGGAUGAAUACUCUCUGCACGGAGGCUGUAUGGUCACCAGCGGCACCAAGUGGGUCGCCAAUAAGUGGAUCAACAUUGAUCCGGACUACCAGCGACAGGCGCGCUACCAGCAGCUGGUGUCCCAGCAGCCAGAGGACGAGGACGACGAUGGGCCGAUGCCAAACCCUGAACCGUGCUGCCCUGACAACCAUCAGGACUUGUAGCUCAUAAACCAAAAAAGAAAUCAACAAAAUGUCAACCUAGCCUUCCGCUGUUGUGUGCACAGCUUCCUUUUGAUAGCGCCCCUGCGGCCAGUAUGCAGACAGAAGUUACAUUCAGGGACUGAGGUCACAGUGUGUUUAUGCAACCGUAAACGGAGACGUUCACACUGGAAGUGUCUCGUCUCCUACUCAGUGUUAUUUUUACGAACCAACCGCUACCCUUAAAUGUUACAAGGAAAUCCUCUAACGAAAUGUACCAAAUGAAUUAAGACAAGGAAGCUCGUCUUUGCAUGUUGUUAGGCAGAACACAGGUUUGUGCUCUGUCGUCACGGGCAAAAAUUGCACGUGGAAAAUUAAAUGGCACACCACGAAGACAAAACCUCUGGGACACUUUGUGUGAUGCAUGUUAACUUACACUUUAUUCCUUGAAUUCAUGUGUUUUUUAUUUACAACGCUCGACAUAUUUUAUUGUUGACAGUACGGGAUAAUGAAUUUGAGAUGAUAGAUUGUCUUGAUGCUUGUCCUUGUCAUCGUUUCCCAUUUCAAAAUGCACUGGAUCACUUUCCCUCGUUGAAAAUUAAAUCGAAUUUCAAAAUUAGGUUUUGCUGAUUGUCGUAAUUCAUGCUUCAUGUGUUCAAUCUCUAACGUAA